AUGGCAGAUCAAAUCUCCCCUGAGAAGGCGAAGGGCAAGGUGUGCACCUUCCUGUUCAAAAAGCCUGCACGAAAGGGGCCUGUAGGCCGCAGGAAGCGCCCGAUCGGCGAGCCAGAGCCCGGAGACAGCAGCAGCAGCAGCAGCGAUGAAGGCAGCACCGUGGUUCGCCGCGAAAAGAAGCGGGCGACCCACAAUCCGAUGAUACAGAAGACCCGCGGCAGUGGCAAGCAGAAGGUGGUUUACUGUGAAUUGAGUAGCGAGGAGGAGGGGGAGGGGAAGGGGAAUGAGGCUGAGACUCUCCGUGUGGUCUACAAGUCCACCCGCUCGGCGAAACCCGUGGGGCCAGAGGAUAUGGGGGCGACUGCUGUCUACGAGCUGGACACAGAAAAGGAGCGUGACGCACAAGCCAUCUUUGAGCGCAGCCAGAAGAUCCAGGAGGAGCUGAGGGGCAAGGAAGAUGACAAGAUCUAUCGGGGAAUCAAUAACUAUCAGAAAUUCAUGAAACCCAAGGAUACGUCCAUGGGCAAUGCUUCCUCCGGAAUGGUGCGGAAGGGCCCCAUCCGAGCUCCCGAGCACCUACGUGCCACCGUGCGCUGGGAUUACCAGCCCGACAUCUGUAAGGACUAUAAGGAGACUGGUUUUUGCGGCUUCGGAGACAGCUGCAAAUUCCUCCAUGACCGAUCAGAUUACAAGCACGGGUGGCAGAUCGAACGUGAGCUUGAUGAGGGUCGCUAUGGUGUCUAUGAAGAUGAAAAUUAUGAAGUGGGAAGCGAUGGUGAGGAAAUACCAUUCAAAUGUUUCAUCUGUCGCCAGUCCUUCAAAAACCCAGUCGUCACCAAGUGCAGGCAUUAUUUCUGCGAGAGCUGUGCACUGCAGCAUUUCCGCACGACCCCGCGCUGCUACGUCUGUGACCAGCAGACCAAUGGCGUCUUCAAUCCAGCGAAAGAAUUAAUUGCUAAACUGGAAAAGCAUCAGGAUGCAGAAGAGGAUGGGAAAAUAACGGAGGAAAAGGCAGGUGAUGAAGAAGAUUCCUGGACAGAUGGCUUGUGA